AAAGACGCGGUAGCUGUGUGGAAUCAGCCGCCCACAUUAAGGUAAACGGAGGGCAUGAAAAGCAAGACGCUGCUUUCUUUGGAGGAAGAAAAGAGGCGAAGAGACGGAAGGGAGGAGUAAGCGGAGCAAGAUUCAUAUUCUAUAAACUGGACUCAUUUAAAGGCAUGUGGGCUACCAAGAGGAUAUAUAGAUCCCUAAAACAGAGGCUGCAGUUGAAGCAAUAUGGACUGCACAAUUCUCUAUGUAGAGCCAAAAGUUUUGAGAAAUCUGAUCAGUGUUAUGUUUUACAAGCUUUUCAUCUUUUACCCACAUGCAGUGCAUCGUCUCAUAAUACAUGGUUCAUGACGGAUAUGAAAACUAAUCUCAAUGUAACAGAAGGAAAUAAAGUAAAUAAGACAUCAUCCAAAUCACUAGAUGGUGGAAGACAUCUUGAGAUGGAAGCAAAGAUGAAACAUCUCAACUUAUCCUUUGCAGCCUCUGGCUUUUUGGGGAUCUACCACUUGGGGGCAGCAUCUGCUCUUUGCAGACAUGGUAAGAAGUUAUUGAAGGUUGUGAAGGCCUUUGCAGGAGCAUCUUCAGGAGCUUUGACUGCCACUGUUCUUUUAACAGUGCCAGAAAGUAUUGAGAAAUGUACAAAUAUUACCUACCAACUUGCUGAAGAUACUAGAAAACUCUAUUUUGGAGCACUAACACCUGGUUAUGAUCUAAUGACAAAACUUAGGAGCUACAUUGAUUCAAUCCUCCCCCCUAAUGCCCAUGAGAUAGCAGAAAAUCGCCUCUUUAUAUCAGUCACUAGUACUAAGAAUGGAAAAAAUUAUUUGCUUUCACAUUUUGCCUCCAGGGAAGAUCUUGUUAAGGCUUUGUUAGCCAGCAGUUUUAUUCCUCUUUAUGCAGGAAUAAAUGCAGUGGAUUAUAAAGGACAGAAAUGGAUUGAUGGUGGCUUAACCAAUGGCCUCCCUAUCCUGCCAAAAGGCCGAACUGUGACUGUUUCUCCUUUUUGUGGCCGGCUAGACAUUUGCCCAGAAAACAAAGGACGAGUGGAUAUUUAUGCUAAAGUUGCAAAGCAAGACAUCAUGUUAUCUAUUGGCAACUUUAUAAGACUUCAUCAAGCUCUGUUUCCACCAAGCCAGGAGAAAAUGGAAUCGCUAUAUCAAGAUGGAUAUGAUGAUGCCAUACAGUUUUUAUUGAAGGAAAAUUGGUUUGAGUAGAUUAUGCAUGAUGAAAAUAAAUAAAAAAUUGAUGGCUUGUCAAUGCAAAUCUUUGAGCAUGCCAUACAGAACCCAAAGGGCUGAUUUCACCGUUUAUGUUUAUCUCAAAAAAAUGUCACUGGGAUUUCAUCUAUUGAUGCCAGACAAGUGUUUUAUAUGCUAUUGUGCUGGCCUGAAUUUGUAGAGGGUUUCAAAUGCAAUGGAAUUGUGUUUGGUAUAGAAGAUAAGCUGCUUCUUAGAAAAGAUUAAGAGAAAUCAAAACUUCCAUUGCUUUAUUUUCUUUCUUUUUUCAUUUUUCAUGCAGAUGUGAAAAUGCUAAAAAUAUGAUUUUUUGGCUCAUUAAAUUUAUUCAUAUAAAGUCAUAAAUAUGUGCAGUUUGCAGAAAAUUGAAUACUUGUGUUAUUUCAUAAAAAUACGAUUAAUGUGUUCAUUAAUUAGUUUAUUCAUUUUGUUUUUUUUUAAUCCAGUGCAUUCUCAUAAAGUAAUUACAAUGAAACAUGGGAAACAAAACAACUUAACAACUCAUUUAUCUACAGAUAUAUUUUACCAUUAGUAGGCUUAGUUUUUCAGAUAGCCUAUGUAUAUUUUAAAAUGUUGAUUUCAGUGGGUUUAUUUAUCCUUUGUCAUAUAAAAUUCAUUGUAGAAACAAAAGAAAAAAGUCAAUUAAACAUACUGCAUUUUUGUUUAUGCCAUAGUCACCUAGAAAAUUGAUCAGAGCAAUUGUUAAGUAUGAAUAAAGCAAGUUGCAUCAUACAGUUCUAUUUAAAACAUUGUCUCAAUUUGCUGAUUUAAUGAAUAUUGCCCAAAUUAUAUUUUCACCUAAAAUGCUUUCUAUGCCGUUGGAAUCCCUUGGGUAUGAUUUUCUAGUGGCAGAACUCCUGUUAGCAUACUCUAAAAAUAGUAUUGAUUCUCUUUAUAGUAAACAUUGCAUUUUAACUGUUUAAUUUAAAACAGUUAAUUUUAAAUUACUGUUUGAAUAAAUUCUUAUUGCAAAUGUUUUGCAAUGUUCUUUUUAAUUCAUUGUAAACUUGUUCUUUUCAAUGAUUUGCAUGGUGUUAAUGAAUGUAGUUUGUGUAUAAACCCAAAAGGUGGUGGUGUAAAAGCCAAGAUUUCACUCUUUAUUUCCAUUACAGUUAGUCCUCCAUUUAUGUCCAUUCACUGUUCAAAUUUAUGAUGCCAUUGAAAAAUAUGACUUACAACCAGUUUUCAGACUUAUAAAAAUUUCAGUUUCUCUAUGGUCACAUGAUUAUAAUUCAGGCAUGUGUUUAUGACGAUUGCCGUGACAUUGGGUCACAUGAUAACUAUUUGUGAACUUUCCAGCUGAUUUCCAACAGGCAAAGUCCAUGGGGAAAUCUGGAUGGAGUUUGUCUGGAGGUUCUAGCAGAGGAGCACAGUAUUGUAUACCCUUGAACAAAGAUUGGUACACCCCUUCUGUCUGAGAUGGUCAUUCUUUUCCACUGAGUGUGCAGCUUUGGGAGGGAUACACAUGGAGCAGUGAGAGAGGGAGGGGUCAUGUCUAGCCAACUAAAUCAACCUGGUGAUCGAUGGGGUGACAUGUCGUGGCCAUAUCGCCCUCACCCAAACCUGGAUUUGUUUAAUGACCCUAUGAUUCAACUAAUAACUGCAGUGAUUUGGUUAACAAAAAAGUUGCAAAAUUAGGUGGGUCUCACUUAGUGACAGAAGUUCCAGUCCCAAAUGCUGUAAAUUGAGGACUACCUGUAUAGAAAUUAUGCUUAUGAAUGCCACUGUUGAAAAGCAAGUUUUACCUUCAUCAGCUGUUUCUCCAUAUUCACAGGUUAACAUUUUAUACUGCAGCAAUUAACAAAUGAAUUGAACUGGGGCUUGUGGGUGUAACACAUGUAUAAUGCACACUAAUUUGGAUAUUUGACACCUACCCUUUUUAUUAUAGAACAUUUGCAUUUUUAAUCCACUUGACCUGAACUAAAUGUAAUCUUGCUAUAAUCAUCUUUAUGAGCUUCUCUAUGUUUGCAAGUGCUUUUCUAUGCAUUGAAAGAAAAUAGAAUGGUGGUAGUUAACAGAUCAGUGCCCCCCUUUUCUACAAUCCAAUACAUGUAAAAACUCAACAAGGAUAUUUUAUGUAGAAUCAUUUUGAGCAAAGCAAGUUUAGUAAUAUUCACAAAAACACUUUUAAGCUGUAAUGAUGAUUAAAUGAGAAGUCAUUAGCAAAAUUUAUUCAAUGAAACUCUGAUAAGAUACCUCCCUUCUCCCUCACCCGUCAUUCCCCAAUCCCAGAAAUAGUCUGAAGAAAAAGAAUUUGAAGAAGUGGGAGAGCAGUCUUUGCUUGUGCCCUCAGAAACAUCUUCAAGCAAACAUCUUCAAGGAGACUAAGUUUCAUGAAUGGAAACAAUGUUUCAUUCGUAAAACUGGACCUCCCCCAUGCACUAGAAAAGCACAAUAGCAGAAUCUCCGAAUAAGCAAUACAACAGAAGCAAGCUGAAAGUGAUUAAAUCAAACUGAUAGGAUUAGGCCACCCUAGGGGCCAGUCAACUUUGAGAAAGCAACAAAACAACAUUAGUUAAAUAAUAAAAGACACACAAAUCCUAAUUGCGAAACACCAAAAAUUUAUAAAAGCCCAUCAAUGCACCAAGCCGACUGUCAGCUGUCCCAGAACCGAUUGCUGAAGUCACUUCUGACCACCAUAAUUGGAUAACAGCGUUCCUGUCAAAAAGACAACAAGUGGUCAAAAUAGGCAGUGCCCUAUCAAAUCCUGCUCCUGUCAAUAGCGGUGUCCCCCAAAACAGCGUUCUAGGACAAACACUCUUCAUAUUAUACAUUAACGAUCUUUGUGACCAUAUUAUAAGUAAUUGUGUUCUCUUCGCCGAUGAUGUUAAACUAUUUAACACUACCAACAAUAUGGCUACCCUUCAAAAAGACCUUGACUUUGUGUCGGAAUGGUCAAAAACUUGGCAACUCCAAAUCUCAACCAGCAAAUGCUCUGUCUUACACAUUGGAAAAAGGAAUCAGAACACUAAAUACAAGCUCGAUGGACAUUACCUUAUCAAUGACCCUCACCCCGUCAAAGACCUUGGAGUUUUCAUAUCAAAGGAUCUAAGUGCCAAAGCCAACUGUAACUACAUCGCCAAAAAGGCUUUAAGAGUUGUAAACUUAAUCUUGCAUAGCUUCUUCUCCAGAAAGAUUACACUACUAACCAGAGCAUACAAAACAUUUGCUAGACCAAUUCUUGAACACAGCUCACCUGUCUGGAACCCACACCUCAUUUCGGACAUUAAUACAAUUGAACGUGUCCAGAAAUAUUUUACAAGAAGAGUUCUCCACUCCUCUGAUCACAACAAAAUACCUUAUGCCACCAGACUUGAAAUCCUGGGUUUAGAAAAUUUAGAGCUCAGCCGCCUUUGGCAUGACCUGAGUUUAACUCAUAGAAUCAUCUGCCACAAUGUCCUUCCUCUUGAAGACUACUUCAGCUUCAAUCGCAACAACACACGAGCACACAAUAGAUUUAAGGUUAAAAUGAACCGCUCCAAUCUUGAUUGUAGAAAAUACGACUUCAGUAACAGACUUGUUAAUGCCUGGAAUGCACUACCUGACUCUGUGGUCUCUUCCCAAAAUCCCCAAAGCUUUAACCAAAGACUAUCUACUAUUGACCUCACCUCAUUCCUAAGAGGUCUGUAAUGGGCAUGCAUAAGAGCACCAGCGUGCCUACCGUUCCUGUCCUAAUGUUCCCUUUGAUUGUAUCCAAUUCAUAUAGUUAUUUCAUGCUUAUACUUAUAUAUACUGUUGUGACAAAUUAAAUAAAUAAAUAAAAUAAAUCUUUUCAAGCAGCUGGUUUCUUUCUUCA